UCAGUCGUUGGUCUCCAGCGUUUGUAUUAAUUGCACCUACUCCACUAGUUCCUUCUUUUCCUCAACCUCCCUGCUACAGACCACCUGCUACACUUCCUCGCCCUCUCGGUACUUGGCUACUGUGAGGCUGACGAAGCUUUGACUAUUGCCUCAUAGUUCUUAGAUCUUUUCUAUUCUUAUCCUUCAACUGUCCAGACAAUCCAAACCUACUUUCUUCGCUUCUUCAGAAAAGAUAAAAAUAACACAAGCUACCCGUUUUCCGGAGAUUGUUCUCACGAUGUCUGGCAAUCGUGCGAGGCGUAUCGCCAAAGAGAUCGCCGACAUUCACGCCGACACACAGUCGCAAAUCACGGCUGAGCCACUGCAUGGUGGUGAGGAUCUCACGCAUCUUCGAGGCACAUUCCCAGGACCUCCAGGAACACCCUACGAAGGUGGCACCUAUACCAUCGACAUCAAAAUCCCCAACGAUUAUCCAUUUCGACCUCCUCAUAUGAAGUUUGUGACCAAGGUCUGGCAUCCCAACGUUAGCAGUCAAACAGGUGCUAUCUGCCUAGACACUCUUUCUACUGCGUGGUCACCGGUGCUCACCAUCAAGUCUGCCCUUCUGUCACUGCAAUCCCUGCUCAGCACACCCGAACCCAAAGAUCCUCAAGAUGCCGAGGUCGCCACGAUGCUCCUUCGGAGACCGCAGGAAUUUGCACGGGUUGCUCAGGAGUGGGCUGUGAUGUAUGCAGGAGCUCCCAGAAGGCAUGCAGGUGAAGGCAGUGGCGGUGUGACAGACGAAACUCUUCGACUGCAGGAGAUCAAGUCGAAAGAAGAGCAGGAACAAGAGGAUUUAAGCAAAUACGACGGCUAUAACAAAGACUUGAUCGACCGAUUCUGUAACAUGGGAUUUGACGUUGACCGCGUUGUAGCCGCAUUUAAAUACUAUGGCAUUGAUCGAAUGGACGGGGAAGAUUACGAGCUGGAGGAGGCGUACAUGGGAGACAUUACGGCGCGGCUACUUGGUGAGCCGUAGUUGGUGUGAUGUGACAGACGGUUCGGAUGGUUUAGAUUUUGCAAUAGCGACGGUGCUAGGCGA